AUGCUUCUGGACGCCGGACCCCAGUAUCCCGCCAUCGGGGUGACUACAUUCGGAACGUCUCGCCACCACUCCGCAGGCGAUGUGACGGACAGAGAGGUGGGCUUGGGUAUCAACCCCUUCGCCGACGGCAUGGGAGCCUUUAAAAUUAACCCCAGCACCCACGAACUGGCCUCGGCCGGCCAGACUGCCUUCACCUCUCAGGCUCCUGGCUACGCGGCCGCGGCCGCCCUGGGCCACCACCACCAUCCGACCCAUGUCAGUUCGUACUCGAGUGCCGCUUUCAACUCGACCCGGGACUUUUUGUUCCGCAACCGGGGCUUCGGCGAGGCGGCGGCCAGCGCACAGCACAGCCUCUUCGCGUCGGCCGCGGCGGGCGGCUUUGCUGGGCCCCACGGGCACACCGACGCCGCGGGCCACCUUCUCUUCCCGGGGCUGCACGAGCAGGCAGCCGGCCACGCUUCGCCCAAUGUGGUGAACGGGCAGAUGCGCCUGGGCUUCUCCGGGGACAUGUAUGGGCGGCCUGAUCAGUAUGGCCAGGUCACCAGCCCGCGCUCGGAGCACUACGCUUCCACCCAGUUACACGGCUACGGGCACAUGAACAUGAACAUGGCUGCCCACCACGGGGCGGGGGCCUUUUUUCGCUACAUGCGGCAGCCCAUCAAACAGGAACUCAUCUGUAAGUGGAUUGAGCCGGAGCAGUUGUCCAACCCCAAAAAGUCCUGCAACAAAACUUUCAGCACCAUGCACGAGUUGGUAACUCAUGUCACGGUGGAGCAUGUUGGCGGCCCGGAGCAGUCCAAUCACAUCUGCUUCUGGGAAGAGUGUCCGAGAGAGGGGAAACCUUUCAAAGCCAAAUACAAACUUGUAAACCACAUCCGAGUCCACACAGGGGAAAAGCCCUUCCCCUGUCCCUUUCCUGGAUGCGGGAAAGUGUUUGCCCGAUCAGAGAAUUUAAAGAUUCACAAAAGAACUCACACAGGUGAAAAACCAUUUAAGUGUGAAUUCGAAGGCUGUGACAGGCGAUUUGCAAAUAGCAGCGACCGCAAAAAGCACAUGCACGUGCAUACUUCUGAUAAACCUUAUCUCUGCAAAAUGUGUGAUAAGUCCUACACCCAUCCGAGCUCACUCAGAAAACACAUGAAGGUCCACGAAUCCUCUUCCCAGGGAUCGCAGCCUUCUCCAGCCGCCAGUUCAGGUUACGAAUCUUCUACCCCACCCACCAUCGUGUCUCCUUCCACUGAAAACCAGACCACGAGCUCCCUUUCUCCAUCAUCUUCAGCAGUCCACCACACGUCUGGCCACAGCACACUCUCGUCAAAUUUUAACGAAUGGUACGUUUAA